UCAGGCUCCCUCCUGGUAUCAGUCCCAAGCAGGCAUCCCUUUUCAGUUAGCUGUAGAUUUCCUGGGGAGCUGUCGGAACGUACAAAAUCUAUUUGGGCUGCAGAAGAGCUAAAGCAAGGCUGGAGGUUGGAGUGGGAAACAAGCAUUCAGCCCGUAGCCCAACUUCCCCAUAAACUGAUUUGAUAGGUGCUCAGGAGACGAAGCCAGAAGGUGGCAUUCCAGUGAAUUCUGAAUAAAAGUACCGCAAGCAGAGUGCUCUUUCUUCCAAAAGCAACUUGCUCAUCAGAGGAAGACUGUGAGGUCUCGGACAGAGCAGUAAGGAACAAUGAAUGCUACAGAAGAGGCUGAAGCUUUGAAAAUGUUAUUUCUGGAUCAGCAUGCAUUUCUAAUACCAAAGAUUAUGUCUACAGCCUCUGAUCUUGGUGUAUUUGAUCUGCUGAUGGAGUCCAAGGAACCGUUGACUUCAGUGACUAUUGCCGAACGUCUGGGUACCAGUCCCUUUGGGAUGGAGAGGCUGCUGGACGCCUGUGUUGGCUACAAGUACCUGAGAGUGGAGACAAAGGACAACCAAACGCUUUAUGGAAAUACCAACCUUGCCAAUCUUUACCUUGGUAAAAGAAGCCCAAAGACUCAGUAUUAUACCUUGAAGUUCAAUGCUGAAUUUACCUAUACAAGAGCACAGCACCUGACUGAUACUGUGAGGGAAGGAAAGGCUCAGACAUAUAGAUUAUAUGACAGUUCUACAAACAAUUUCUAUGAGGCUAUGUACAGAACAGAGAGUGGCUUGCGAGAAUUCAUGGAGUUUAUGCGUGAGAUGUGGAGCCUGUGUGGUCGAGUUGUGUUGAAUGCAUUUGAUCUCUCUCCUUUCCCACUCGUUUGUGAUGUGGGAGGAAGCAGUGGUGCCCUCGCAAAGGAAUAUAUUUCAUUGUAUCCAAAUUCUACAGUGACCAUUUUAGACCUACCUGAAGUAGUGGAAACAGGAAAGAAGCAUUAUGGCUCCUCAGAAGAACACAGAAUUACUUUUCAUGGAUGUGAUUUUUUUAAAGAUCCAAUUCCAGAAGCUGACCUGUAUAUAUUGGCUAGAACCCUGCACGUCUUUACAGAUGAGAAGUGUGUGCAACUGCUAACCAGACUGCACAAAGCCUGCAAGCCUGGUGGCGGAGUUCUAGUAGUGGAAAUAGUUCUCAAUGAAGACAGAACGGGGCCAUUGGAAGCUCACAUAUACGGUUUGGUUAUGCUGCUUUGUACUCAAGGGAAAGAACGGACCCUGUCAGAGUACAAUGCGUUCUUCAAUGCUGCUGGCUUUAAGGAGAUUCAGCAAAAGAAAACAGGCCACUUUGACGCCAUUUUAGGAAGAAAAUAGCAUUGACCAAGAACAUUCUGUGAGCGUCGUGACUGAACGGAUAUAUUUUAGCCCGAUUCUUUGCAGCCAUAACUGAACAUGCUUAAUCACUUUACUUUUUCUUUUCUUUUCCAAAUCCUCCCCAUGUGGAAAUAUCUCCUCCACCCCCCCUGCUUAUCAUUAUGGUUGAAUACUAAGAGAAGCUAGAAUAAUAAUAAAGCUUGUUACAUGUUAA